AAGUCCUGAUCUGUGACUUGCCUGGACACUUCUCCUCAGAGUGUGUAGACUGCAGCACAGUUGCCAUGAAGCUGCUCCUCCCUGCACUAUGUCUCUGCCUGGCUCUAGCAACAAGCCAUGCCGCUCCAAUGCAUCAUGAAAUGAUGGCAGAUCAUCACCAUGGUCCACCAGAGCAUGAGCACGAUGGACAUCAUGAAGCUCUGCCAGACCGCUGCGACGGCAUCGAAUUUGACGCAAUCGUCCCGGACGAGAAGGGAACCACUUUCUUCUUCAAGGGUGACCAUCUAUGGGAGGGUUUCAAUGGACCUGCCAAGCUCUCCAAUGGAACAUUCAAAGAACUGGACGAGUACCAUCACCUGGGACACGUGGAUGCAGCAUUCCGCAUGCAUCACAAGGAGAAAGCCGACGAUCACGAUCACAUCUUCUUCUUCUUGGACGACAAAGUGUUCAGUUUCUAUGACCACAAACUCGAGAAGGGCUACCCAAUGGACAUUGAGCAGAAGUUCCCAGGGGUCCCCGGUCAUUUGGAUGCUGCUGUGGAGUGCCCUAAUGGGGAGUGCAGCACGGACUCCGUUUUAUUCUUCAAGGGGAACGAAGUCCACCAUUAUGACAUCACAACGAAGACAGUGAAGAAGCGUACGUGGAGCCACCUGCCAAACUGCACAGCUGCGUUCCGCUGGCUGGAACACUACUACUGCUUCCAUGGCCAUAACUUCACCAGGUUUCACCCUGUCACUGGGGUCGUGGAAGGGUCUUACCCCAAGGACGCGCGCAAUUACUUUAUGAGGUGCCCUAAUUUCGGUCACGGGGCAGGCAGAAGACCAAUCCGCUGCAGCGAGAUGAAGAUCGACGCUAUCACCACAGCCGACGACGGCAAAAAAUAUGCCUUCAAGGACAAGGCGUACAUGCGUUUGGAUUCACAUCGUGACGGCAAACACCCUUUCCCAAUUGCCAGGGCAUGGAAGGAGUUGUCUGACGGAGUGGAUGCAGUGUUUUCCUAUGACAACAAGAUGUACAUGAUUAAGGGUGAUCAGGUAUAUAUCUACAAAUCAGCUGCCCACUACGUCCUCAUCGAGGGGUACCCCAAACCCCUGAAGGAGGAGCUGGGUAUCGAGGGACCAGUGGAGGCGGCUUUCGUUUGUCAGGAUCACCAUAUCGUGCACGUUAUCAAAGGUCCAAAGAUGUAUGAUAUCGAUCUGUCUGCAACCCCUCGGACAGCGUCACAAGGAAUUUCCGUGCCCUUCCCGCACAUUGACGCUGGAACAUGUGGCCCAGAUGGCAUAACCGUCUUCGUGGGAUCAGAGUUCUUCAAAUACGAGUCCCCGAAAACCUUUUCUGCAAGCAGGAUCCGUCCGCAACCACACAAAUUCACCCCGGAAAUUUUCAGCUGUGAAGAGUGAAAAAUGGUUUAAGAUGCGACUCGGCCAUUGCCCCACUCACAAACACACACACUGUAACUGCCCCACACACAGUAAAUCCCCAUGCAAUGUGUCAUUGUUCCUGUCAUUUUCAAUAAACAAAUUUUCAGACACAGAA